AUGAGGAGUAGUUGGAGAUAUUCUAGAUAUCUUCUACCAGCGAGCUCAACGCCCCGCGAGAAGUCCCUGAUCAAAUUCUCGAAACUCUUGAUCCCAUACAUGCAGGAUGUGAGACCAACACAACUAUCUUGGCCAAUAGUCUGGCUAAGCUAUUGUCCAUGUGCCGAGGUACUAGUAGCCCACGGAGCGAAAUAUUCGGGAUCUUUCUGUGGCUGUCACAAAACCGUCUUUUUCUUGACCGUAGUCGCCGAUGAGAAAGGUGGAGAUAGGUGUAUAUAUGUGAGAUUUUCAGCGUAUGCGAAUAAAGGGGCUAUGAGGGUUACGCACUUCUAUAGCCAAAUCUCUAGUACGGUCUAUCUUGAAGGCGAAAUUUAUACAAUGAAGGGAGCGUUGGGACUUUUGGUUGAAGAAGACUACAAAAGAAUCGCAUUCUGGAUGACCCUAACCCUAGAGAGCCGCGCGGUUUUGAUUUGGAACUAUCCGAUCUAUCGACCGCAUAGUACAACCCUAUAUUCAGAAGUCUCGCCUUCGAAUUCCAACUCUAGUCCCGGAGCCCCAGAGACCUUCAAAGCAAUGGUGAAGGAAAUUGCAAGGAUAUCCAAGAUGUAUCUGAAGAUUGAUGCAGGAAGUUACAGCGGUGAUUUUUUACGCACUGCAGCGGAGAGUACGGGAAUUGUCGGCAAGGGGAUUUACGCCGUUGGAGCUUUAUCAGAUUUUACGUGA